AUGAAAAUAAUCUUACUAUCCCUAUAAUAUCAGACUCUCAGCCUGAUCGUUUUCAAAGUUUCAUAAAAUAUAUUAAUCCCAGUGGUAAAUUAACAAUUCCUUCUAUAAUAGGUAUUAAUAUUUCAUCUAUUAUCAGAAUGCUAAAAGGUGUAGUACACAAAAUAUAUCCUGAGCUAUAUCCUGAAUUGCAAGCUUUUACUAAAGCACAAGAAAUGACAGAAAAAAUAAUUGGAACAAUUGAAAAAAAAGGAAAACGCCUUCGAUCAGAAUUAUAA